CUUCGCAAACUUGGAUUCAAGAUCAUACAUUCGACAGUUAAACUCCUCCCAGCCUGGCAUGAAAUUCUUGAAGCUUUGAAGAUGAGGGUUAUGACACUCCCACGGGAUGUUUCCACACACUGGAACUCGACAUUUGACAUGGUCGAGUAUGCACUGAGGCAUCGAGAGGCGAUUGAUGCCGUGACCCAGCGACGAGACCUGGGCUUGCAACAACUUGAGUUAACAGACCACGAAUGGGUAAUUGCAGAGCAAUUACGGGAUGUCUUGAAGGACGCAACACUGUUCUUCUCGUGUUCAACCCCAAACUUGGCAACUGUUAUCCCAGCAAUGGACCUAAUCGACAAGAAACUGACCACUUACUCCUUGAAUGCUUCAUUCCUUCCAUCGAUUCGUGUAGCUGUAGGACUCGCCAAAAAGACAUUGAAUCGCUAUUACCAACUGACAGAUACAUCAGAAGUGUACCAUAUUGCCAUGGGUGAGUUUCUUUCUUAA